UAAAUUUCUCACACACCCAGCUCCUCAAAACCUUCUCUCUUCUAUCUCUAGAACGUGCGUCUCUCUCUCUCUCUCUCUCUCUCGAACGUAUGCAUAAGCAUAUGCGUAUAUCUGUUGCAAUUUGUUUGGUAACUGAAUUUGCAUUAGGUGAAUCAAAUUAAACACACAAUUGAGCGGACGGAGAAAAAUUGUGGGGGGCAUAUAGAGGAAGAGGAGGAGGAGGAGGAGGAUGAUGAUGAUGACGAGCAUGCCCUCUUUUCUUAUUGUGCCUCCCCUCAGAUCUUAGUUUCUUUGCAAGAUUUGGCAUCUCGGUUUUCUCUGAUUGGUGUGCUGUAUUCCGGGUUGGUUCUUUGAUCUAGGAAGGAUCUGUUGUUUCUAAAUUGAAAUCCGACAAUACAUAGAUUGUAGCUGAAUAUAAAUUGUGUUUCUCGUCCUUGUUGCAACAAUAAAGAGAAAAUGCAAUCUGAUAAUGGUAAGCUAUUUAUCGGUGGAAUAUCUUGGGACACCAAUGAGGAGCGUCUCAAGGAAUAUUUCAGCACCUAUGGGGAGGUGGUGGAAGCAGUGAUUAUGAAAGACCGGACUACAGGCCGUGCUCGUGGCUUUGGCUUUGUAGUAUUCGCUGACCCAGCUGUUGCUGAGAGAGUCAUAAAGGAGAAGCACAAUAUUGAUGGCAGGAUGGUUGAGGCAAAAAAGGCUGUCCCCAGGGAUGAUCAGAACAUUCUGAAUAGAAGCAAUAGUAGUGUUCAUGGUUCUCCUGGCCCAGGCCGUACAAGAAAGAUUUUUGUAGGAGGUUUAGCAUCUACAGUCACUGAAAGUGAUUUUAAGAAGUAUUUUGAUCAGUUUGGGACAAUCACAGAUGUUGUUGUGAUGUAUGAUCACAACACCCAGAGGCCUAGAGGUUUUGGAUUCAUCACUUAUGAUUCAGAGGAAGCGGUGGACAAAGUGUUGCUUAAGACUUUUCAUGAACUGAAUGGUAAAAUGGUCGAGGUUAAGCGAGCAGUUCCCAAGGAGUUGUCACCAGGUCCCAGCCGCAGCCCACUUGGUGGAUACAACUAUAGUCUGACUAGGGCCAAUAGCUUCUUGAAUGGGUACACUCAGGGGUAUACUCCAAGUACAGUUGGAGGCUACGGACUUAGAAUGGAUGGUAGAUUUAGCCCUGUUGCUGGUGGUCGAAGUGGGUUCCCUCCGUUUGGUUCUGGUUAUGGCAUGGGGGUUAAUUUUGAACCAGGAUUGAGUGCAAAUUUUGGGGGUACUGCAAAUUUUAGCAGUAAUGUCAGUUAUGGACGGGGACUGAGCCCUUACUACAUUGGUAACACAAAUAGGUUUAGUAGUCCCAUUGGGUAUGAUGGAGGUAAUGGAGGAAAUACUUCUUUCUUCAGCUCUGUCACUCGAAACUUGUGGGGAAAUGGGGGGCUGAAUUAUAAUACAAACACUACAAGUUCCAAUGCAUAUAUUGGAUCCGGAAGUGGAAACACAGGAGGGAACACCUUUGGUGGUAAUGCUGUCAAUUGGGGUUCUUCAACAAUUUCUGGCCAAGGCGGAGGAAAUAGUGUUUCUAACAAUAGUGUGAAUUUUGGAUAUGGAGGUGGUGAUAACACUUUCGGGUUGGGUACAGGAGGAUAUGGACGAAACAGUGGGACUAAUGUGGCUCCAUCAUCAUCAUAUUCUGCAACAAAUGGUGGUUAUGAUGCAGCUCUUUCAGACUUCUAUAGUGGUGCUUCAGUUUAUGGGGACAACACUUGGCGAUCAUCAACAUCUGAACGAGACGGAUCUGGUUCUUUUGGUUAUGGGCUUGGAAAUGCCACUUCUGAUGUUUCAACCAAAAGUUCGCCGGGUUAUGUUGGUGGUUAUAGUGUUAAUAAGAGACAAUCAAACAGAGGUAUUGCUGCUUAGGAGAGUCAUUUUGGUUAUCAAGACGUAGUAGGUGAAGAUAAUCUUGUGAAGGAGGUGAACUGUGAAAUUCGUACAACCCCACUCCUUAAUAUAUUUCAGUUAAGAGGAAGUUGGUUAUCUAGAGCUAACUGAAGUGCCUGUUUUGAAGAAUUAAGUUCAGAGAUAGGGAUUAAAAGGGAUUUUGUGUUAAGGCUUGAGUUUUGAGUUAUUUUGUUAGGCUUUUUGUUUUUGUUAUGAGUGAGAUGUAAAAUCAGAUUGCGGGAUAUACUCAAAAAAUGUAUCAUGCAUCUCUGGUGAGCCGGCGAUACAUAAGGAUAUAGACUGUUACCUCUUCCCCUCUCCAUAGAUUUUUAAGUUCUGUAAUGGCUCUGGCAAAGUUGUGGGUUCUUGUCAGGUAUGCUAUGUCUUUUCUUCUUCCCAUGAUUUGGGUUUGUUUUUAAGCAGAUUGUACCUGAGGUUUUUGUUGAUUUACUAGUGUGAAACCAUAAAGGGACACCCAUCUAGGGUCCCUCUGAAUAAGUUACCACAUAUGCUGAUUCUUUUUCUAUUGGAAUAUUUUAUGCAACAAAUUGAAAACUUUAUUUGUUUGUAAAA